GCACAACAUGUUGGAGACCACAGGCAGCCUGUUCCCCUCAGAGUUAACUUUUUAAUCCCGGUUUUGUCGCGUUAUCACACACAAGAGGAGGAGGCGGAGGAGGUCGGUGAGAGAAAAGAGGCAAAGAACUCAGUCAUGGUAUGAGGUUAGCGCGAGAGCCGGGAGCGUCUGACUUGCAACAGAAGCCCGUUGAUAUUUAACUGUGAGAAGAAGAAGAAGAAGAAGAAGAGGAGGAGGAAGGAGUGAGGGGGAAAAAAGGGAAAGGGAAGCCCGGAGACGUGAGAGAAAAGCGGGGUACAAGAUGCAGCUGGCCGCGGUGCUGUGGGGCUCCCUGGUAACUUUGCUGCUCAGCCGGAGUCCAGGAGUUCAGGGCAGCGCUGAGUGCUCGUGCGGGAGGAACCACUUCACAUGUGCGGUCAGUGCGUUCGGGGAGUGUACCUGCAUCCCGGCCCAGUGGCAGUGUGACGGAGACAACGACUGCGGGGACCACAGCGACGAGGACGGAUGCAUGCUCCCCACCUGCUCGCCGCUGGACUUCCACUGCGACAAUGGCAAAUGUAUCCGCCGCUCCUGGGUGUGUGACGGAGACAAUGACUGCGAGGACGACUCCGACGAACAGGACUGCCCUCCCAGAGAGUGCGAAGAGGACGAGUUUCACUGCCAGAAUGGCUACUGUAUUCGCAGCCUCUGGCACUGCGAUGGCGACAACGACUGUGGGGACAACAGUGACGAACAGUGUGACAUGCGGAAAUGCUCGGACAAGGAGUUCCGCUGCACAGAUGGCAGCUGUAUCGCUGAACACUGGUACUGUGAUGGAGACACGGACUGUAAGGACGGAUCAGAUGAGGAAAACUGCCCCUCAGAUGUGAUGGCAGCCACCUGCAGCGUGGAGGAGUUCCAGUGUGCAUAUGGCCGCUGUAUCCUGGACAUUUACCACUGUGACGGAGACGAUGACUGCGGAGACUGGUCAGACGAGUCGGACUGCUCUUCCCACCAGCCGUGCAGAUCAGUUGAGUUCAUGUGCAGCAGCGGGAUGUGCAUCAACGCCGGCUGGAGGUGUGACGGCGAAUUCGACUGUGACGACCAGUCGGAUGAGAAGAACUGCACCACGUCCAUGUGCACGGCCGAUCAGUUCCGCUGCGGCACUGGACGCUGCGUCCGGUUGUCAUGGAGAUGCGAUGGCGAGCCUGACUGCUCCGACCGCAGUGAUGAAGAGGGCUGCGAGAAAACUGAGAGUCCCCCGUGUGCUCCUGAUCAGUUCCAGUGUGGGAACGGACGCUGUAUUGGUCAGAGGAAGGUGUGCAAUGAGGUCAACGACUGCGGAGACGGGACUGACGAACACCCACAUCAUGACUGCCGUCCGCGCUCCAGCGAGGGCAACUGUAACCAGAAUAACGGAGGCUGCUCCCAGAAGUGUCAGAUGGUCAGAGGACUGGUCCAGUGCACCUGUCACACUGGAUACCGACUGAUGGACGACGGCAAAGCCUGCCAGGAUGUGGACGAGUGUGCCGAAGAAGGCUACUGCAGCCAGGGCUGUACCAACACAGAGGGGGGUUUCCAGUGCUGGUGCGUCCAGGGCUACGAGCUCCGACCUGACAAGCGCAGCUGCAAAGCUCUGGGUCCAGAGCCGGUGCUGCUGUUCGCCAACCGCAUCGACAUCCGUCAGGUUUUGCCGCACCGCUCUGAGUACACCCUGCUGCUCAACAACCUGGAGAACGCCAUCGCCCUGGACUUCCACCACAGUCGCGAGCUGGUCUUCUGGUCCGACGUGACGCUGGACCGCAUCAUGAAGGCCAACCUCAACGGCUCCAACGUGGAGGAGGUCGUCUCCACUGGUCUGGAGAGCCCAGGUGGACUGGCCAUAGACUGGAUCCAUGACAAGUUGUACUGGACAGACUCAGGAACGUCCCGUAUCGAGGUGGCAAACCUGGACGGGACACACCGCAAGGUGCUGCUGUGGCAGAACAUGGAGAAGCCCCGAGCCAUCGCUCUGCACCCGAUCGAGGGUAAAAUCUACUGGACGGACUGGGGCAACACACCUCGCAUCGAGUACGCCAACAUGGACGGCUCCAACCGGCGGGUCAUAGCAGACACACACCUGUUCUGGCCUAACGGCCUCACCAUUGACUACGCUGGCCGCCGCAUGUACUGGGUGGACGCCAAGCACCAUGUCAUCGAGAGGGCAGACUUGGAUGGACGCAAUCGCAAGGCCGUCAUCAGCCAAGGCCUACCUCACCCGUUUGCCAUCACAGUGUUUGAGGACAGCCUAUACUGGACUGACUGGCACACCAAGAGCAUCAACAGCGCCAAUAAAUUCACCGGCAAGAACCAGGAGAUCAUUCGCAACAAGCUGCACUUCCCCAUGGACAUCCACACCCUGCACCCCCAGAGACAGCCCGCAGGAGGCAGAAACCGCUGUGGCACCAACAACGGAGGCUGCAGCCACCUGUGUCUCCCCAGCAACAAGACGCACACCUGCGCCUGUCCCACCGGCUUCAAGAAGGUGGACCACAACAACUGUGCCAACGGUCUUGACAAGUUCCUGCUUUUUGCCCGAAGGACGGACAUCCGACGAAUCAGCUUCGACACAGAGGACAUGUCCGAUGACGUCAUUCCUCUGGCUGACGUGCGCAACGCUGUGGCACUGGACUGGGACGACAAAGACGGCUACAUCUACUGGACGGACGUCACCACCGACUCCAUUAACAGAGCACUGUGGAAUGGCACCAAGCAGGAGGUGGUGGUGGACACCAGUCUGGAGAGCCCAGCAGGUUUGGCGAUUGACUGGGUGACCAACAAGCUCUACUGGACCGAUGCUGGUACAGAUCGUAUCGAGGUGUCUAAUGCUGAUGGCAGCAUGCGGACUGUCCUGAUCUGGGAGAACCUGGACCGACCCAGAGACAUAGUAGUUGAUCCGAUCGGAGGUUUUAUGUACUGGACAGACUGGGGUGCCAACCCAAAGAUCGAGCGUGCAGGAAUGGACGCUUCCAGCCGCAUCGUCAUCAUUUCAUCUAAUCUGACGUGGCCCAACGGGCUCGCCAUUGACUACGCGACCCAACGCCUGUACUGGGCCGACGCUGGCAUGAAGACUAUUGAAUUUGGCAACUUUGAUGGUUCUGAUCGACAGGUUUUGAUUGGCAGCCAGCUGCCUCAUCCCUUUGGCCUGACUGUACACGAGGACAAGCUGUACUGGACAGACUGGCAGUCCAAGAGCAUCCAGAGCGCUGACAAGCUCACCGGCUUAGGACGGCACACACUGGCAGAAAACCUAGAGAACCUCAUGGACAUUCACAUGUUUCACCGGCACCGAGAGACAGUGCGAAACCCGUGUGCGGUGAAUAAUGGAGGCUGCAGCCACCUCUGUCUCCUGGCUCCUGCUCCCAAAGCCUCCAGCUGUGCCUGUCCCACUGGGAUCAACCUGCAGACAGAUGGGAAGACCUGCACGCCUGGGAUGAGCAGCUUCCUGAUCUUUGCACGGAGAACGGACAUCAGGAUGGUGUCUCUGGAUAUCCCCUACUUUGCCGACGUGGUUCUGGCUGUCAACAGCUCCAUGAAAAACACCAUCGCCAUCGGGGUCGACCCCAAAGAAGGAAAAGUCUACUGGUCUGACAGCACGCUGAAGAAAAUCAGCCGGUCCAGCAUCACCGGAAAAGAACAAGAAGACAUCAUAUCUACAGGGUUGGUGACGACUGAUGGCCUGGCGGUGGAUGCUGUUGGCAGGAAGAUCUACUGGACAGACACAGGAACCAACCGCAUUGAGGUUGCCAACCUCGACGGCUCCAUGAGGAAAGUUCUCGUCUGGCAAAGCCUGGACAGCCCUCGAGCCAUCGCCCUCUACCAUGAGAUGGGUUAUAUGUACUGGACAGACUGGGGCGAGCAUGCAAAGCUGGAGCGCUCUGCGAUGGAUGGUUCAGACCGCCUGGUCCUCAUCAGCAACAACCUGGGCUGGCCCAACGGCCUGGCCAUCGACAUGGCUGGCUCACAGUUACUGUGGGCUGACGCUCACACUGAGCGCAUCGAGGCAGCCGACCUGAACGGGCAGAAUCGCCACACCCUCGUGACUCCAGUCCAGCACCCGUACGGUUUAACCCUGCUGGGCUCCCACAUCUACUGGACUGACUGGCAGAGCCGCAGCAUCCAGAGAGCUGACAAGAACACGGGGACCAAUACCAUCACGGUGCGAGCCAACCUGCCGGGCCUGAUGGACAUCCAGGCUGUGGACAGGGAGAGGCCUCUGGGUUUCAAUAAGUGUGGCAGGAGGAACGGCGGCUGCACCCACCUGUGCCUGCCCCGUCCCAACGGCACGUCCUGCGCCUGUCCCACCGGCAUCCUGCUCAAGGGAGACGGCAGGUCAUGUGACGACUCCCCGGAGUCGUUCCUGCUGUUCUCCAACCGCGUCAGCGUGCGCAGAAUCUCCCUCGACACCAAUGACCACACAGAUGUGCAUGUACCGGUGCCCGAGCUACACAACGUCAUCUCACUGGAUUACGACAGCGUGGACGGAAAGCUUUACUACACCGAUGUCACCCUGGAUGUUAUACGGCGUGCGAACUUGGAUGGCAGCGGCAUGGAGACGGUGAUCAGCCAGGGCCUGAAGACCACAGACGGGCUGGCUGUAGACUGGGUGGCCAGGAACAUGUACUGGACCGACACCGGGCGCAACACCAUCGAGGUGGCCCGCCUGGAUGGAACGAGCCGCAAAGUCCUGGUCAACAACAGUCUGGAUGAACCCCGUGCGAUUGCAGUGUUCCCAAGCAAAGGUUUCCUGUUCUGGACUGACUGGGGUCACAUUGCAAAGAUUGAGAGAUCUCACCUGGACGGCUCGGACCGAAAGGUUCUGAUCAACACCGAUCUGGGCUGGCCCAACGGGCUCACACUGGACUACGACACACGAAGGAUCUUCUGGGUGGACGCCCACCUGGACAGGAUUGAAAGUUCGGACCUGAAUGGGAAACUGCGCCAGGUCCUCGUCAGUCCCGUGUCCCACCCGUUCGCCCUCACACAGUUGAAGCCGGUGUCCUCCCCUCUAACUCCUUUCUCCCGACUCUCGCAGCAAGACCGCUGGAUCUACUGGACGGACUGGCAGACAAAGUCCAUCCAGCGGGUGGAUAAACACACCGGCCGCAACAAGGAAACGGUGCUGGCCAACGUGGAGGGCCUCAUGGACAUCAUAGUGGUGUCACCUCACAGGCAGACAGGUACCAACCUCUGUGGGGUGAAUAAUGGCGGCUGCACUCACCUCUGCUUCGCCAAGACCAACAGUUUUGUGUGUGCCUGUCCUGAUGAGCCAGACGGGCGACCCUGCUCCACCAUUUCAGGUUACAUCCCCACCUCUCCUGCCAGAGGAACCAGCAGCACUCCGGUCCCUAACAAGAUCCCCAAAGCUCCAACAGACACCCCACACGCAGGACCCUCACCUGUCAACUGCACUGACAAGACCCUAAACAUAGAAGGCUGCUUGAACAACGUGGUGACGGCUCCUCACGGAGAAGGACUUCAUAUCAGCUAUGUGAUCGGUGGAGUUCUGACCAUCCUGGCUAUUCUGAUCCUCAUCGCUGCUUUGAUUAUUUACAGACAUAAAAAGUCAAAGUUUGCCGACCCUGGAGUGAGCAACCUGACCUACAGCAAUCCCUCAUACCGGACAUCCACACAAGAGGUCAAGAUCGAGGCGUCGCAAAAGCCUCCAAUAUACAACCAGCUUCGAUAUAAGAAAGAGGGGGGAGUGGACGGAGGCUACACCAAGGAGAAGAUCCGCAUUGUGGAGGGCGUGUGUCUCCUGUCCAAUGAGGAGCUUUACUGGGACGACCUAAAACAGAUCAAGCCGUCCCGAGGCGGCCUGCACACCUGCAUGCGCACAGACACCGUGUCCCUGCAGGCCAGCAGCGCUUCGCUAGAUGACGGCGAGACGGAGCAGCUCCUCCAGGAGGAAGCGUCCGAAUGCUCCUCCAUAACCACUCUGACCCCCUCAGCCAUCACCCCACAGCGCCACGCCCAGCACAGCCUGCCCGACACCGGCUGGGCCUCCACGCGCAAGCCCUCCACCGAGAGCGAAGUGUGAGGAAGGCCCCCCCUCGCCCUCUGUGCUUUAUCCCAACCUCCAUUACCUAAUACACACACCUGUAUUUAUAGCUGGUACAAACACACAAAAAUAAAUAGGUACAAACACGUAACGGUUGCAUACGUAGAGUAACGGUACAGAUGAACCUGGUUAGACACAACUAAGCUCCUGUAAACACAACUUCCUGUCUCUGAAACUGGGGCUCCGUCCUACUUGUGCACACACACUCACACACAUACACAUGCAGUACAGUCCUCCAACAGUACCCUCAGUGCUACUGCCUUUAGGCAAACUGAUAAACUAAUGAGCAUGCUGGAAUAAGAACGCAAAGGACUCUGGGGAGGAAGUGAACAGAGAGACACAAGCGUUAUCUGGAGCCUUUUUAAAGGAUGCAGACUCUCAAUGCGACGAACGCUUCUCUGUGUACAACUUCACCUUUAUUUUUUUUGUGAACUUAUUUUUUUCUCUGGAUAAAGCUAGAACGACAUACUCCCUGGACGAUGUAACCACGAUGCUCUCUCUAAUGCCACUCAUGUCUUUAUGAACUCUAUUUAUGAACGUUUUUUGUACUUGUGGAGUGGGUUUGCUGACUUUCAGAAAAAUGGCGAGAGUGUUGCGUUUGUGCCGCAGGACCCGGGUAUUCAAGAGUUGUAUUUAUGACAGUGCCAAAGGGUGGGGCUUCACAGAGUCUCCAUGCUUCUUUCAUCAUUUACACGUCAAUAGAAAUGUAUCUUAAUUGGGGGAUGUUUGUUUUGUUUGACUUUACUGACUUGCCCUCACCGGUGGGAGACCUCAGCGAUGACUCCAUCUGUUUCUGAUUCCUUCUUUUACAAACUCCAACAGGUCAAGCAAGGGCUUACUGUAUGUAGCUGGUACUCUCAGUUGGUUGCAGAAGUCCAUUCAUUCUUUGUGAAAGUAACCUGAAAGGAGCCUUCUUCUUCCUUUUUUUUUUUUAAAGUUGUAAUUCACCCAUUGCUGAUCCUCGGGCAUAGCAGAGGAAGCCACGAUGAAGUACCAGCCUAAGUGCCAAACAUUUCGUUCUUUUUCCUCCUUCAGCUGUAUAAUUAUUUUACUCAGAGGUUUUAAAAUGUUCGUGACAUUCUUCUUACUUGGGUUUGGUCACUCAGAUCACAGAAAAGCAUAUUGUCUCAGACAUGCACCACUAGGGCUGUUCAGCCAUGCAGAUAGUUGUGGUUUUAUUCACCCAGGUGUAAGACAUAUUAUAUAUCUCUGGGAGUUCUACUGCCCAGAAACACUGCUUUCCCAUUCCAGUCUCUCUUGGAGAUUUUCUUUAAUGGUCCUUCAAAAAAUGGAUAAAUGAUAUACAGCAGUGGUUCUCAACUUUUUUUUUAAUGUCAAAAACCCCUAAAGUAAUACACAGACAUGCAACAAAGGACUGAGGUCUGGAAUCAAACUCAUGGCCACUGCAGCAAGGACAUAGCCUUUGUACAUAUGAUUUCCAUUUUCAACCGCUUAUCCGAAGCCGGGUCAUGGGGGCAGCAGGCUGAGCAAAGCACCCCAAACAUCCCUCUCCCCAGCAACUCUUUCCAGCUCCUCCUGGGGGACCUUGAGGCGUUCCCAGGCUAGACAAGAUAUAUAAUCCCUCCAGCGUGUUCUGGGUCUGCCCCGGGGCUUUCUACCAGUGGGACAUGUCCGGAACACCUCUAACAGGAGGCGCCUAGGAGGCAUCCUGAUCAGAUGCCCGAACCACCUCAGCUGACCCCUUCCGACACAAAGGAGCAGCGGCUCUACUCCAAACUCCCUCCUUACCUUAUCUCUGAGGCUGAGCCCAGCUACCCUUCUGAGGAAACUCAUUUCGGCUGCUUGUAUCCGCGACCUCAUUCUUUCAGUCACUACCCAGAGCUCAUGACCAUAGGUGAGGGUUGGGACGUAGAUGGUCCAGUAAAUCGAAAGCAUUGCCUUCUGGCUCAGCUCCCUCUUUACCAUGACGGUGCCCCCAUCUCUGCAGACACUGUGCCAAACCACUGAUCCAUCUCACGCUCCAUUCUACCCUCACUUGUGAACAAGACCCCAAGAUACUCGAACUCCCUCGCUUGGGGCAGUAACUCACUCCCAUUAAAUACUAAAAAUAAAUUAGUCCCCAUUUGUCUGAGGAAAGCCUUGAGACUUCCUCAUGCAAGCAUCCCUGGAGGUCUCUGGACCUCUGUUUGAGAAUAACCAGCAAUCUCCGGGGCUGAAGAUGAAGCCAAUACCAAGAGCCAAAAACCGCAGUUCUUUGAUGUCUUGAGGCUAGUUCCACAAGCCAGUCAGUCCCACCAGACCCCCAUAGAAAUAAACAUGUUUACAGCCUGGUAUAAAAACGGUUUUGGCCUUUAUAGCUAUUUUCAACAUUCAUGACAACUGUCCGCGAGUUAAAUUUUUAUGUGACUAACCCGCUGACAUUUUGUUAAUGCUUAAAGUUACAUGUAAUUAAGGCUGGGCCGCUUUGAUUGCCGAUAGUGUCCUUGGCUUCUCAGUCAGAUCUACCCCUCGCUCCUCCAGAGCGCCAGCCUCUUGCCCAAAUAUGGUCACUUCUGGCUCCAAAAGAAAAGAACAAGCUGAAAUGCUGAACUUGAGGCUUUAGAAAGGGAAUCCACAAACCACUCGGUGACGUCACAGUAGCUACAUUUAUCAUUUUUAGUCUAUGGUUGAGAACCACUGAUAUACAGCACUUACUGUUAGAAUUUGAAGGUCUUUUUGAUUUUUUUCAUCAGUGCAUGUAUUAAACAUUGUUAUCACCAAUGUUCCCUUAUCCAUGCUUUGUGCUCACCCUAUCCACCAAUGCCAACUCUCCAAUUUUUUAGCUAUAAUCUCAGUUGCCUAAAAAAAAUUGCACGUCAUUCAGCCCUCCCUGUACUUUCUCAUACGACCACAACAGUGUAGGCUAGUACUUGCUACUCCAAACAAAAAUGGUAGAUAAAGGAUAUUAUUUCAUGUUAGGAAUAAAAGAUGACCUGUUCUAACAAACUGAUGAAACUAAACAAGAUGAUGUUGCUAAAGGAUAUGUUAGGGUUAGACUUUGUGCAUGUGAUGCUUUCUGCAUCACUACAAACAUCAAUGUGAUUUUCAAUUAUAUUAUCUUCCAUUUGGAACAUGAUCACAAAAGUUCCAGUUUCACUUUGGCUCUCUGUAGUGUAGGGUAGGGUGAGAGUUUCAGAGGUGAAUAUAUCAAAAACUUGGCACUCACAACCAAAAGUAUCUGCAUGGCCAAACGCUACUAGAGGUAAAUGAGAAUACUUGUUCUUUUUGUAAUUUGAGUUUGGAUCCAUCAACUCUAAAUCUGUAACGCAAAGGUGUACUUGCAGUAUCUGCCACAGUACGGUACAACAGAGGAACACUGUGCAUGUCUGACCGCAUCAGACAGUGAGGGUUGUAGUUUAGAAAUGUAUCACUGACAUCUUACUGAAAAAUGAAUUUAAUACAAGUAAAGAUAUUAUGCAUUGCUUUAACUUUAGAGUACCAUUCUGUCUGUUGUUGAAAUACGGUACAAGGAAAUACUAUAUUGCUAUAUUGACAAAUAUAUCGGUUAGACUUUAUAGAACCAUGUAUUUUGAAGUAUCUGCUACAAGCUCAGCAACUUGCUGAUUUGCUGCUAGACGAAGCACUGAGGCCAAUGAAAGAGGGUCUUGGCAGCUACAUAACUACGGUCUCUGACGGUUUGUUUGACAGUAGGCCUACAGAGCAUCACAGUGACCCAGUAACCAAUCAUCCCGGCUCACAGUCCCUCCAACUCUGCUGCAGGAAUGCUAAAACUGUACAGAUUUUAUCAUGCGGAUAUAAGCAAACAUUUCUGUUGAAGAUAUUGUGUUGAUUAAGUUGUAUAGUCUUUUGUACAAAGGGAUUUCAUGACCGUUUUUAGACUUGUAUUAAUUUUACUCACUGGAGAAGAACAUUUUAUUUUAUUUUUGUUUUGUUUUUUGCUGGAUUAUUUUAACCACUGUGUUUCCAAGCCUUGUAAAUGAUAGGGAAAAUGCCAGUUAUUUAAUAGUGCUCUUUUAUCUUAUGAAAUACUGGUCGCGUAUAGCUGUUGUAAAGUUAACAAAAAGAGGUAUUUAUGAUUUCUGUUUGGUUGUCACUUGAUGUGUAAAUAUGAAAAGACUGUAUAUGUAUUUCCAUGGCAGUACUAACAAGCUGUGUUGUGUGAUAUAGUGAAUGAUCCCUUUGCUAUCUUUUAAUAUAAAAUUGCAUUUGCAUUUCA